CGCAAUCGUCAGCAAGUUUACACUCGCAUCGUUUAGAUUGUAUGUAGAAGCCGUCAACAUCUCACGUCAGACGGACGUGAGUGCAUCAUAUUUUUUGUUAAGCAAUGUCGGCGGAUAAAGUAUUCCACUCUCGGUCGCAAGGCAUCCCGUCGGAGGGUGUGAAGGACCAGUAUGCGGACGGCAAGGCGGCGCGAGUGUGGAAGAAGUACAUAGGCGACAGUAACCAGAGGACGAAGAACUACAGGGACUUCCUGUCAGGCCUGCUGAGGAAGCAUGGCUGUGUUAGAGUGCUGGAUGUGGCCUGUGGAACUGGGAUAGACUCCAUGAUGCUCCUGGAUGAAGGGUUCGAGGUGGUGUCGGUGGACGCGUCCGACAAGAUGCUGAAACACGCGCUCAAGGCGCGAUGGGAGAAGAGGAAAGACCCACGCUACGAUGACUGGGUGAUCGAAGAAGCAAGUUGGCAAACUCUCCCACAGGACGUACAAGCAUUCCUACCCGGCGCCUCCUUCGACGCGGUCAUCUGCCUCGGCAACUCGUUCGCUCAUCUGCUGGACGAGUUCGAAGACCAGCGCACACAGCGGAUGUGUUUGCGCAACUUCGCCACGGUGCUGAAGCCCGGAGGCCUGCUGUUCAUUGACCACAGGAACUAUGACGCCAUGAUCGAUAGUGGCGCCACGCCGGGACACUCUAUUUAUUAUAAUUGCAUGUACCCGGUGGACAUCAAGACGUCGGUGCUGGUGGUGCGCGGCAAGCCGGAGCUGGUGGCUCUCGACUACUGCAUCGACGCCGCCGAAGACGGACACGAAACGGAGAAGAGCGAGUUCCGCCUCUGCUACUACCCGCACAAGUUGGACAGCUUCACGAGCAUGCUCGACGAGGCGUUCGACAACCGCGCCAAGCACAACAUCUACGCGGACUUCCAGCCGCUGGAGCGCGUGCGCAACCCGGCCUACUACAUACACGUCAUGCAGAAGGCGAUGCGUUGAUCACUAUUGUAUAGCCUAGAUAUAAAUACCUAGUUGAUUUAUAAGCCCGCAGGAUUGCUCUGUAGUUGUCUCUGUUGACCAACUGUAUGAAGUAUCUUUAGGCUGUGACUAUAAUCUGUUUGCACUUUUGCAUUAAAAUAAAAUGUAACACAGAUCCACCUAAGAGAUCAUGUCUCCAUGAGAUUUAUUCUUCUUAUGGCUAAUAUUUAUAUUUACACCUCUUAUCAAGUCAAACAUUAGCUUUGGGGUUAUGUGUUUGACCUGUAUGCAUGUUUGUAUUGUCGGCUCGUAACUACUCAAAGGCUCAACCGAUUUUGAUAAAUGAUACGUCAUUAUACAUUCGUCUGAUGGUGCGUUUUAAAAAUCCUAAAAAAAUAAAAAUGGCCGAUUUUUAGUGCUUAUUGAAGCACAUAAAAUCCGCCAAUUUAGAUUAGUGCGGACUGAAAAAGAUGCUGUACAAACCAGUCAGGGUUUUUUGAAUUUUUUUAAAUUACUUGUUGAUUGUUAUUAGAAUUUAAUAUAUGACAGAUUUAAUACAAUAAAUUUCUAUAAGUACAAUGUU